UCGACCGAGCCGGCGGCACCUCAGUCCUCCACCGACCGUAACAAAGCAUUCACAUUUUCCUUCGCUGAUUUCUCGACGAAUCGGCGAGUCCGCCGCGGGAUUUCACGGUGUUAUACGCCGACGGGGUGAAUGAUCAUGGUGUUUUUGAUCGCUACUCUUGGCCUUCUUCUCCUUCCAGGAUUCUGCCUAGGCGAGGAUUUCGGUUAUGACGGAAAUCAUGGUCCAUCGCACUGGGGCGAGGAGUAUCACGCGUGCAUCGGGAAACAUCAAUCGCCCAUUAAUAUAGAGGAGCACAAUGUCAAGAACGUCAGUUUACCGCCGUUGAAGUUGACCGGAAUUGACGAUCCGUGCCUAACGUUCGUGACGAACAACGGUCACACGGUUAUGUUGAAAAUCAACGAAUCCAAAAUGGCCAUGUUAUCUGGAGGACCUUUGGGAAAUAAUGUCUAUGUGUUUGAGCAAUUACACUUCCAUUGGGGAGAAAAUGAUUACGAGGGAUCCGAAGAUUUAAUUAAUAAUCGCUCGUUUCCGAUGGAAAUGCAUGCCGUUUUUUACAAGGAAAAUUAUAAGUCGAUGGACGAAGCUUUUAAGCAUCCCGAUGGUCUAGCUAUUUUAGCAUAUCUAUACGAGGUAAGGCCUAAUCCGAAUCCAAUGUACGAACCUAUCGUAGAAGUAUUACCUGACAUAGAAACGGUAGGCAACGAAAUAGUAUUGCGAGAGCUCUUGCAGUUGCGAAAAUUGUUUGUAUCAGAUAUUACUACCAUGCAAAACUAUUUCACGUAUAACGGUUCGCUGACAACUCCACCUUGUCUCGAGGUAGCUACAUGGAUUGAGUUUAAGGAUCGUCAGCGGUUGUCGCAUGAACAAUUAGCUGCUUUCCGUAAUAUACGGACCAUAGAAGGCAAGAAACUGACUCACAACUUUCGGCCGGUGCAGCCUUUGGAAGAUCGAAUAGUUCUUCAAAAUAUUCCAAGAGAACAGACCACACCAAAAAACAUUCCUCGCACUUAUCAUCGUUUCGAUGAACAUUCUGGACAGCACAAUGUCAAAGUGCCAUUUUCCAUCAUCGCGCUAGGAGUUUUUUUUGCGCUCAUUUUAUUUGCCAUAUGAAAACCUCGAUGUGGAAUAUUCUAGUCAGUGGCAUCUUUCAUAAUUGCUAUCUUAUUUUUUAUUAACGGAAUG